AUGCUUCAAUCAGUGUAUCCAAGAGCAGCAGAAGCAACAUCUAUACAUUUGGAUUUACAAGAUACUGAAUUAUGGUCACGUUUCGAAGCUUUAAGUACAGAAAUGAUUUUGACCAAAGGUGGUCGCAGAAUGUUUCCUGUUCUUCGUGUUGCGGUUCGCGGCUUGGAUCCUGAAACUCUAUAUGAUUUCAAACUCGAUUUUGCCCCAUGCGACAAUUUUCGUUGGAGAUAUGUCACAGGACAAUGGCAAACAAACGGUAAACAGGAUAUUACGAAUCUCAACCAAGAUCGUCGGUACGGAGUUACGGUUAAAGGUGAACCAUAUUCACAUCCGAAAUCACCAAACUAUGGUCGAUUUUGGAUGUCGGAUGUUGUCGAAUUCAAAAAUGUCAAACUAACAAAUCGACCGAAUCCAGUUAAAGAUGAUCAUAUUAUUUUGAAUUCUUUGCAUAAAUAUAAACCGAGAAUACAUAUUUUGCAAUCAGUAUCGAAUGGGCAACCGAAUAUUUUACUGGAAACGUUCACAUUUCCCUUGACAUCAUUCAUUGCUGUUACUGCUUAUCAAAAUGAAGAAAUAACGGCAUUAAAAAUUCGCCAUAAUCCAUUUGCAAAAGCUUUCCAAGAGCCAAGAGAUCGAACUGAUUACGAAGGACAAAUAAGCGAGACAGAUUAUCGAACUCAACAUUUUUCAUCUCUUCCUUACUAUAUGCUGCCAUUUCCUACCGAUGAUUCGGCAGCAUCGUCAUCGUCACAAGUUCUUCGACACCGUUCGUCGGCUCACAUUCAUCGUUCACGUCCUUACUACCAUCAUCACAAUCAUUCUUUAAUGUCAUCAAACUCACCACCGUUGCUUCUCGUUGAUCAACCAACGCCGAAUAUGUUUGACUAUGCAAAUUCUUCGCCAACGUUUCCACAUCAUCAUCCAUCAGCUAUGGCUAAUUGGCCGACAUUUCAAUUGCAAGCAUCGAUUGACAAUAACCAUCCACAUCAUAUUUAG